CAAAGUGGAUGAAACAUGGGAAGCUACGUUCACAAUUGACAACUUUAAAACUUUGCUCAACGGAACCAAUGCAAAGAAGGAGGUUCUAAAUUCGUUGGUCAGCACCACCGCUUGACUGGCUACUGUUAAACACAGAUGGUGCCUCCAAGGGUUCGCCUGGACCAGCUGGUGGAGGGGGAGUAAUACGCAACUGCAGGGGUAUCUUUUCUCGUGGGUUUGCGGAAAAUUUUGGAAUGUGCAGUGCCUUCAAAGCUGAACUAUGGGCAGCAGAAAUUGGGCUCGCAAUGGCAAGAGACAUGAACAUCACCAAGCUAGUGUUGCAUAUGGAUUACCAAGCGUGUGUAGAAGCCCUCAAGAAUCAAGAAUAUCAAGGCGGAGAAUGCCUUCACAUUAUUCAGAAAUGUUGUUCUUUAAUUAAGUGUGUAGAUUGGGAAGUUAAAAUAAUUCAUUGUUAUAGGGAAGGCAAUAAGAUGGUGGACAAGCUUGCCAAUGUAGGUGUCAACCUUGAGAACAAACUAGUGUAUUUCGAGGCCCCUCUUUCCAAAAUCAUCAGUCUGUUGUUCGAGGAUUUAGUUGGCGUCUCUACGCCUUGAUUAGUUUAAUGUUUAUAAUUUUCGGGUUUUGAACCCUCUUCGGCAUCAAAAAAAAAAAAGGUUAGGUAUUAAUUGAAAAAAAAAAAAUUCAAUCCUCCCAACGCUGUAUCAUUCAAACAAAAACCGGAGUCGACCGACCCCUUUGACAAGUGUACGACUACGAGAGGAUCAUUCCUUGGUCGACUCGUCCCCUUUUCUGUUUUGCGGUUUCCCUUUCCCCCUUUCCCCCUCUCCAGUCUCUACUCUCUAGUAGUAGUGUCCCGUUGGCUUAAUUAUACCCGUGAAAUUGAAUGGCAAUCCAAUUUGGUACGAUUUUCUGAUCGAAAUUCUUCGUAUUUCAAUUGGGUCGACAAAUGUGCUGAGCUUCAAUUCUUUUUGUUAAUGGCCUCUCUUCAGCAUCCUUUGGAGCUACACUAGAGCAAGUUAACAUAAAAUAGAGUGCCAUGGCCAUGGGAGUUACUGGUGGACAAAAGCUUUCAGGUUUACAGAAGCAAGUCCUGAAUCUUUACAGAGGCUUUUUGCGAGCAGCACGUAACAAAUCAUUUGAAGAUCGCCAUCAAAUUGAAUUGAUUGUAUCUGAAGAGUUCCACCGCAAUUCCAAGCAAGUCGAUCGCAAGGAUUUUGUUUACAUAGAAUACUUGCUUCGACGUGGUAAAAAACAACUUGAUCAGCUCAAGAAUAGUGAUACUAUAAGUUUGUCAUCCAUGAAGGUUAGUGGGGCUGAGAGUAAAGUUCAGUAGGUCUGCAACUGAUGCCAUUGACUUCAAUAGGAAGCUAGUUAGUGAGUAACUAAGUUUUGAAAGUCAAGUAUUUAAAGUUACAUAUUGUUUACUAAAGUGGCAACACAGGUAGUAAUUUGCAUAGCAAUAAUGGUUUUCUAACUCAACAGGGAAUACAUGUACUUUAUUACGGAGUAGUAUUCAGUCAAAUAGUGAACGAUUAACAGAAUUUAGAAUUGUCUUAUCUAGAUAGAGUGUUUGUGCAUCAUCAACGUAGAUGGCUGGAUAGAGCAUUUUAUCUUUAUGUUUACAUGUUGA